AUGUAAUUGUAGUUUCCGACGACACCUAAAUCCGUCUUGAAAGCAGCUGUGUUGACAGGAGACUGUCCUUGGCUAGCAGCGUUAGCUAACCCGAGCUAGCCAACACAUAUACAGACCGUUUGUUUUUGGCCUAUAUGAGACGGUUUUGCUGUUCCAGGUCCGGUGACUGUGCUCCACCCCUCAGGUAAGAGCUGAGGGUCGGGCUGAUGUCAUCCAGUCAGGGUGACAGAGGGGGUCUUUCUCAGGCUGCCCAAAACGACAACCCCAAUCAGACUGCUGCAACAUCCAACACACCUGAGGCACAGGUUUCUCCUGUUUUGGAUGAGGUUUCUCCUUCCUCCAUGUCCUCUUUUGAGAUGCUGGACAUGGAGUCGGUUCCACCUCCGUACCAAGAGGUACAGCCUCACUGGUUCUUCUGUCGUGGGGCAGAUGACAGCGCCUCCUGGCAUCCCUUCAGCAGAGAGGACUCUGACAAACUAGAGCAUGCUUGCAACACUUUAAAAGAUAAUGAGGAGGACCUGGUGGUUGCUGUGGAAGGGGAGCGCUAUGAUGUCCGUGUCAGGGAGAGGACGCGUUAUGCUGUCUAUUGGGACCAAGCUCCAACUGAGGUCCGCCGCUGUACCUGGUUCUACAAAGGAGAUAAGGACACAAGGUUCUUGCCUUACUCCGAGGAAUUCAGCAAACGUCUGGAGGAAGCCUAUAUGAUAGCAGUGACCUUAGACGAAUGGAAAAGGAAACUAGACUUUCCCACUGGGGAGACAGUCAUCUUGCACAACCCUAAGCUGAUAAUGCAUUAUCAGCCAAUAGGAAUGCAGGAUGAGUGGGUUUCCUCUCCGUCGGAGCAGACACGCCCUCGCACAGUCAAGAGGGGAGUAGAGAACAUCUUUGUAGAGAUACCUGAUGGUGAACCGGAGAAGGUGGAUCAUCUGGUCUUUAUGGUUCAUGGCAUUGGUCCUGCAUGUGACUUGCGCUUUAGAUCCAUCAUACAGUGUGUAAAUGACUUCAGGAGUGUUUCGCUGUGCCUCCUGGCCUCCCACUAUAAGCGUUCGCAGCAGGAAGGCCAUGUGGGUCGAGUUGAAUUCCUUCCUGUCAACUGGCAUAGUGCUCUGCAUGGGGAUGCCACUGGUGUGGAUGAGGACAUUCAGAGGAUCACUUUACCCAGCAUCAGCCGCCUCAGACAUUUCACCAACGACACUCUGCUGGACUUAUUUUUUUACAACAGCCCCACCUACUGCCAGACAAUAGUGGACACAGUGGCCUCAGAGAUCAACCGGCUACACGCCCUCUUUAAGCAGAGACACCCAGAAUUUGAUGGAGCACUUUCUGUAGUCGGACAUAGCUUGGGUUCUCUGAUCCUGUUUGACCUGCUAACCAAUCAGAGGAUUGGGUCCAGAGCAAGAGAAGGAGUACCUUCGAGAGAACAUUGUUCUGUGAACAGUGAGACGUUGGAGCAGACGCUGACUAAAUUGGGCCUCCAGCAGUACCUGGGAACUCUGCAGGCAGAAAAUGUCGACAUGGAAUCACUGGCUCUCUGCCAAGACAGUGAUCUUCGAGAUUUAGGAAUUCCUCUCGGACCUCGAAAGAAGAUUUUACACUACAUCAAGAAGAAGUGGUUUCCAGAGGACUGCAAGACAGCAGUGGGGGAUCAGACCUUGGAGUCUGUUCCACCUUUUCUGGCCAGUGGUGCUGGCCAGCCGGCCCAGCAACUCCUCUUCCACAGAGAGCCUUCUAUCACCAGUGCUGUGGACUAUGAAUACUUCGAUGUCGGCAUUGGACAGUCCAAUGGAGGCAUAGCCAAGGGACAGGUGUCCAUUGAAUACCCUCAGCUGGCAUUUUACCCUCAGACAUUUUUUGCUUUUGGUUCUCCGAUUGGGAUGUUCCUGACUGUACGAGGACUAAAACGCAUCGAUCCCAACUACUCGUUCCCCACAUGCAAGAGCUUUUACAACAUCUACCAUCCAUAUGACCCUGUUGCCUAUCGGAUCGAGCCCAUGAUUGUUUCAGAAGUGGAUCUGGAGCCAAUGCUUAUACCUCACCACAAAGGAAGAAAGAGGAUGCACCUUGAACUGAAAGACAGCUUAACCCGAAUGAGUAUGGAUUUGAAGAACAACGUUCUGGGAUCAUUACGAACAGCUUGGCAGUCCUUUACUAGACUACCAGUUGCUGCACUGCCCCCAGUGGAGGAGGGGGGAACUACAAAUGACACAACCCCCCAGGAGGAUCAAGUCUCAGCAGACACUGCUGCUGCUAGGAGAGAAGACAAGUUUACAGAUUUUUGGACUAAAAUACUGGAGUGGCCAAAGGCCCUUCAGAAGCAUUACCUAAAAGACAAUUUAGCUGAAUUCCUUAAAGCAUUUCCUGACAACUCUACAACAGGACAGCAUUACACAUUGUGUAAAGCAGGAGUGUACACAGAAGCUGAAUGUUCAGGGUUAGCAGAGCAGACUGAGCAGCCAGAGAUUGAAAUGGGGAUGCUGAACGGAGGGCGCCGGAUCGACUAUGUGCUCCAGGAAAAACCCAUUGAGAGCUUCAACGAAUACUUGUUUGCCAUCCAGUCUCACCUCUGUUACUGGGAAUCUGAGGACACGGCUCUGCUGCUGCUGAAGGAGAUUUACGACAAGCUCGGCGUGGCUUUUGAACAGCCACAACAGUAACAAAUGAGUGUGAAUGGAGAUUUGCUUUUAUGGCCGUUAUCUGAAAGUGAAGAAGAACUGACAGAGCCAGAAACUGAAAGACAAUCGUCUCCAGAAUGCCUUACUACCUGUGUGUUACCUGACUGCUGCCUGGCUGGUGUGCUGCAGUCAGGUGAUCUUGGUUUACGUGCGUUUGUCUAAGCUUGUUUGUGUUAGUGGUGGCUCCACAGCCAUUUCUCAAAUCUAUAUGUUUGAAUUUAGUUCUAAUAGUUUCUCAAGACCCAACCAAUGCACUUUUUUGACUAAAUAUUAAAAUUUAUUAGCACUUUUACAGUUGACAUGACCUCAUGCCCAUGUAAAAUAAAGAAAUAUGAUCAUAAUUACUAAAAAACGCACACAGUCCUCUAUUGCAUGUCAGGGGGUAAUACGUUUUUAGCCAACAUGUCUUUGCAAUGCAGCAGAAGGGAAGUAUUUAUUUUUUUUAAAUACCAUAACCUGAUCUUUUAUUUACCACUUUAGGCUACAUUGACCAAAAAAUGAUAUUAUCACAUAAGAAACAGCUGAGGUUGUUUGUUUUCUGUUUAACAAUGAAGGUUUUGUUUCUGUUACGAGUUUGUCGGCAGCUACAAUUGUUCUCCUUCUGUAAUAAAACAGCUUGAAGCCCAAAGCUGCCGCUCCUGCAUUUUUUUUAGUUAUACAGUAAUGUUAGCUUCACUCAUCUUAUUUCAAUCAGCAUAUGGUGUUAUGUAAACCAAAAUAAUGUUUACCUUCCUGUUUGUUUCUAUUUGUAUUUGAUCAUAUUUAUCACAUGUAUCUAUAGCAUCAAUCCUCUGAAGAGUUGUUGCAGUGUGUGGAAAGGCGGGUUCUUUAAAAGGCAACAGGAUUGUCUUUUCUUUAUGUACGCAUGCAACAUAUCUUUUUUUUUUUUCGUAUCUGCUACAAAGUUUGUAUAGAUUUUACAAAAAGGCCUCUACCAAUGCUCCAACUCAUCGGGGCAACUUUAUCUGAAGUUCAUACCAGCACUCUAUAAAUGAAAUUGUUGUUGAUUUACAAACAGAAAGCUAUUUAAUAUCUUUAGUUUUAUUUUAUAUCCAUAGUCUAAAUUAUAUGGUCGUCCUUUGUCUUUAUGUAUAAAUUCGUUACCUUUCCUGCCUGUAAUGCAUGCAUUUCUGUUUUGUUUAGAGAUUGCUGCCUAUUAAGGUCCUUUAAAUUUCAGUUUCUUUCUGCAGCAAGCAAUAAAAAUCAUUUUUAUUUAUUUUAUUAUUUAGAAAGACAAAAGUUAUCUUCCAAAGCUUUCAGUUUGUUUUGUAGUAAAAUUAUGGGUAUGUUCAUGUUGAAAAACCAAUCCCAGAUCACUAACUUUAAAAUCCUUUUUGUCCCAGUAAUAAAUGUAUAGGAUUUGUUUUUUUAUGCCCUGUUAUGGCAACCAUAGCCCUGCACCAAAAAGUAAAUUGAUCACAAUCUUUUGAAUGAAACAUUUGUGAAAUAAACCCAUUGGGACUGUUUAUUUCCUUCGGUUGAGAAAGCACAGAUUUCUCACUACAAUAUCCCUUAAAACAUCACUAUUGUCUCUGUAGAUAUCAGAGUCAUAUCAGUCACAGCAGUAUUUUAACUCCCUUAACAUAAUCCUAAUUUCCACAGCCUCUGUUGUAGCACUUCACAGUUGCUGAUUCAUGCCAAAAAGGAGAAAUGCUCUCAAAAUAUAUACCUUUAUGAUUGUGGCUUCAUGUUUUAUUUGACCAUAAUAAAGAUAUUACUUACGUA